AUGGACAGUAGCAGUACAGGUGCGCCAACUACGGGGGGCGAUGUCGACGAAGAACAUUGUUAUAUGAAUAUAUCCCCGAGUGGAACGAAGAUUUGGUUGACGGCUUGCGACACAUCCAUAAAACCAUUUGUUGGGCAAUUGUUUGCAACAUUAGACGAAGGUGUUGAGUUCUAUAACAAUUACGCCUCUGUCGCAGGCUUUGAUGUGCGCCGCAGUUCAGACAAAAAGAACAAGUACAACAUUAUCUUAAGGAAGAAACUGGUUUGUUCACGUGAAGGUUACAAAGCGGGGAAAAAAUCGGAUCCACCAGAAACGCCCCCCGCAAUCACUGUAAUUGAUCAAGAUCCGGCGAUGAAAGUUGCAAUUGCACAAGAAUUCCCUGAAACGCGUCAUCGGUACUGCAUGUGGCAUAUAAUGACAAAGGUGGGUGAUAAAGUGGGCACUGACCUAGCGAGGAACGAAGAGUUUAGACGGGAGCUAAAUACUGUAGUAUGGAACGACGCCUCAACUACUGCAAAUUUCGAGCAUGCAUGGAAAGCUGUAAUGGAAAAAUAUGCCAUAACUGAAAAUUCGUGGCUGAAACAUAUGUAUGAUGAGCGUGCGUCAUGGGUUCCUGCGUGUUUUGAAGGAGUUUUUAUGGGCAGAUUACUACGUACUACAUCCCGGUCCGAGGCUGAGAAUAGAAUUUUCAGAAGCAAUACUAACAAGCACCUUUGCCUUACAGAAUUCUUCAUCCGAUUUGAGAGUACAGAGGAAAUUAUUGCAGGUUGUUUUGAAUGCCGGGUAAGAGCAGUGACAAUCGGUGACGGCAUCAAGACUUAUGAGGUGGAUGAUAAGCGCGGGACACAGUACGGUUUGACCGUUGAGGAUGUGACAAUGAUUACGCACUGCCCCUGCCGAAUGUGUUUGGGGAUUGCCAAGGGGGACAGUUUAAAAUUGCAACAAAUGUGUUCUGUUCUAUCGGAUAUGGAGACAACUUGGUGCGGGCACGAAGAAGUCCAAGUGGAUGCAGCUAGUGGGAAACAAGCGAUCAUGGAGUCUUACUGUGGCGUACCCGCACCUGAGACGAUUACUGUGCACCAACCACCGGUGACAAGCAACAAAGGGUCGGGUAAACGGAUGAGGUCUGCUAAAGAGCUGGCAAUGAAGGAGCAAAACAGGAAGAAGCGCACGUGCAAAACUUGUGGCAUGGCAGAUGGGCAUAACAGUAAAAGCUGCCCGCAGAAGUAG